CGAACAAAGCUUGGUAGCAAUGCUUGUUUGGGGAGAAGGGGGAGUCCAUUGGCCCCAGCAGUUCAGCCCUACAGGGCCGGGCACUCAACGUCAUUGGAUCUGCGCCGACGUCACGCGCGAUGGAUCCCAGUCUCGCUCUUUCUUUCUCCACUCAUCUCCAACUCUUUUCCCCCCUUCAUCUCCCACUGCCGUGUUAACCGUGGACGAACUAUUAAGUCCCUGCUAGCUGUCGCUAUUCAUAUCGCUAUUUGAGACACUCAUUUGAAAUUAUACUUGCUGCCUAGUUUGCCAGACCGGGCACUUCAGGCCCCAAAACAACCAAUCUAUCUCUCCCUCCCCUCUCGUAUUUUCCACACAGACCUUUAGCCAUCCCACACUGGCGACCAUGGCGCACGAAACCGCGCACUAUCAGGAAUUUCCCGCCCAUGAGAACGACCCUCUUCUGGGGCAUCGGGGACCUAGCUCCAAACCUUCUCCCCUGAGCCAACUGCGCCGCCAUCUCCGCACCGAAGUCGACCCGCACCGAGCAGACCUUCUCCUCAUUUUUUGCUACGUCAUCACAGGUCUUCUGGACAGUUCUGCCGUGUUCAUCUGGGGCUCCUUUGUGAGCAUGCAGACGGGCAACACGGUAUACUUUGGACUAGGACUGGCCGGGCUGGACGAGACUCAACGGUGGCUUAAAUCGCUCAUCUCGAUCGGCAGUUUCUGCAUCGGCUCCUUUUUCUUCGCCGUGUUACACCGCCUGUUCCACACGCCGCGGCAACGGUCCGCACUGACUCUGUCUUUUGCACUGCAGAUGAUUUGUGUCGCUGUCGCUGCGAGUAUUGUCACGGUGCAGCAGACGGGCAAGAGCGAUCCUCUGACGUGGAAAAUUGGCGUGCCGUUGGCAUUGGUCGCGUUUCAGAGUAGUGGUCAGGCCGUUUCGAGUCGUGUGUUGAAGUGCAGUAGUUUGACUAGUGUUGUACUUACUAGCAUUUAUUGUGAUUUGUUCUCGUCGCCGGGACUGACCUCUGUCAGUGUGCUCAAGGCUCCUGAUGAGUGGAGGCGGUUGGGGGCUGUGGUGGGGAUGUUGAUUGGAAUUGUGGCGGGGGGCUGGUGGGCGAGGAGUGAGGUUGGAUUGCCGGGCGCACUUUGGACUGCCGUGGUGUUCAAGGGGGUAAUUUGUGUUGCAUGGAUGUUAUGGAAGACGAAGGAUGUUGAUGAUGAGUAGGAUGCUUGUUAAUGGGGGGACAUAUUACUAGUAGUAUAGUGCUCUAGCCAUUUGGCGCUAGAAGUCGCGCGUGGGGCAACGCACAGCAUCCAGCGCGCAGUUAGUUCUAUACAUAGUGCCUUUUUCGUAUAAUAGGCGGAGCUAUAGACCAGGAGCGAAGCAGACAUUAUGAUAUUACACAGGAUGUUGACGCACAUCUGAUGUAGUCAAUUAUUCCUACUGAAUGGUAUAACAGCGUCCAC